UGCUCCUAUUACUCUGGGUCUGGAAGGGCUUGCUGGAAUCAAGGAUGAAGCUCCUUUUUGUGGCUGCCUUUGCACUCUUUGUGCUCUCUACAUUUGACUCUGCUGACUCCUCAGCCUAUGACAAAAUCGUUUCCCACAGUCGCAUCAGGGCCAAAAAAGAAGGACCCAAUGUCUGUGCGCUACAGCAAGUCGCGGGGACCAACAAGAAGUAUUUCAGCACUUGCCGUAAUUGGUACCAAGGGGCCAUCUGUGGAAGGAAAGCGACUGUGCUUUAUGAGUGCUGCCCAGGAUACAUCAAGCUGGAGGGAAUGCGUGGCUGUCCCGCAGUUGCCCCAAUUGACCAUGUGUAUGGAAGUCUGGCUAUAGUGAAGGCCACAUCCACCCAAAGAUACGCUGACAUCUCUAAACUAAGACCUGAAAUCGAGGGAUCAGGGUCCUACACUUUCUUUGCUCCCAGCAAUGAGGCCUGGGAGGCGUUGGACGAAGAAGUGAGAAAUGCGCUGGUCAGCAAUGUCAACAUUGAACUGUACAAUGCUCUGCAUUAUCACAUGGCCAACAAGCGCCUCUUGACCAAAGAUUUAAGGAACGGAAUGAGAGUCACUUCUAUGUACAAUGACCUUGAACUCCUGAUUAACCAUUAUUCCAAUGGGGUGGUGACUGUCAAUUGUGCCAGGAUCAUCCAUGGUAAUCAGAUUGCCACCAACGGAGUUGUGCACGUCAUCGACCGCGUGAUCAGCGCCGUCGGAAACACCAUCCAAGAUUUCAUUGAGGUUAACGAUGACUUGACAACUCUGAGCGACAUGGCCCAAAAUGCUGGACUUCUGGAGAAACUUGGCCAGCCAGGACAUUACACUCUUUUUGCUCCCACCAAUGACGCCUUCGAUAAACUUGGUGGUGAUGUGUUGGAAAGAUUUCAGAGCGACAAGGAAGUCCUCAACGCUCUUCUGGGCUUCCACCUCUUGGAGUCCGUCCAGUGCUCCGAGGCCAUCAUGGCAGGAAGCAGUUAUGAGACCAUGGAGGGAAACAACAUCGAAAUUGGCUGUGACGGCGAAAGUUUAACAGUUAAUGGCGUCAAAAUGGUGCUGAAGAAGGACAUUGUCACAACCAACGGUGUCAUCCAUCUUAUUGAUGAAGUGCUCAUUCCAGACUCGGCUAAGCUGGUCAUGGAACUGUUGGAGAAAUCCCAGUCAACCUUUGGUGACAUGGUCUCCGAGCUGGGACUUUCUGCCUCCAUGAACCCAGAGGCCGAGUACACUUUGCUGGCUCCUCUCAAUUCUGUCUUCACUGAAGAAGUGAUGUCUAUGGAUCAGGGGCUUCUCCAGAUUAUCCUGGAGAACCACAUCAUAAAGACUAAAUUUGGCCUUGGACAACUGUACAAUGGCCAGCGUCUGGAGACCGUCGGGGGAAAAUUUCUUAGGGUCUUCAUUUACCGCACGGCUGUGUGCAUCGAAAACUCCUGCCUGAUAAGAGGCAGUAAAGAAGGAGCCAAUGGAGCCGUUCAUCUCAUGAAGAUGUUUGUGAAACCUGCGGAAAACACUAUGCUUGAGAUUCUGACACAAAACGGAGGUUUCAAGAUCUUUUUGUCUCUGAUGGAAGCUGCCGGCCUGACUGACGUGCUCCGUCAGGAGGGAGACUUUACCCUCUUUGCCCCAACCGACAAGGCCUUCGCUGGCUUGAGUGACAGGGAUUUGACGUUUUUGAAGAGUGACACAAACGCUCUCAGAACCAUUCUCUUGUAUCACAUCAGUAAUGGCAUUUUCAUUGGUGGCGGACUGGAGACUCGGGUGACAAAUCUUCUCAGAAGUCAACAGGGCAGCAACCUCAAAGUGAUGCAUGCAAACAACACCAUCAAAGUCAAUUCUGUGCAAAUCCCAGAGUCUGAUAUCAUGGCCACAAAUGGCGUGAUUCACUUUGUCAAUCAAGUUUUGUACCCCGAAGAUAUCCCUGUGGGGAGCCAGGAUCUCCUCAUGGUGCUGAGGAAGCUCAUCACCUACUUCCAGAUAAAGUUCAUUUCAGGCUUCAGAUAUCAAGAAAUCCCUCUGACCUUUAUGAAGAAGAUCAUCAUUGAGCAAGUACCUGAAAUAAAGAAAGUGACCAGAGUUAUCGAGACUGAUCCCAGCAUCACCACAGUCACCAGAGUUGUGUCAGGUCCUCAGUACUCAGUCAGCUCUGGCUCCACAGACCUGGAUGGACUCGAUCUUUCACAAUUCACCACCAUCGAAGGGGACACAAACCUCGACAGUGAGCGACUUACGAAAAUAAUCCAAAGAGGAAGAUCUCCUCCCAGAAGAGUUUUGGCUGGCACCAGGAGGAGGGGAAGGGAUUGAACGUGAAUGGAUCCGAAUAUCUCUGUUGUAAAGGCUGACACUUACGUCAGUCUUUGGGGUUGAAAAUGAUGCAAAACAAAGGAUACCUGUUCAUUUUUUUGAAUAUAAUGCAAUGGCUAUACCUGACAAAGAAGCUGUUCACACGAGUGAUUUGAUGGUGCUAUAACUGUACAUAUAUUGAAGCUUUAAGUUCAGUAUUCAUGUAUGUUAACAGUUCAAAGUCUACCUUUUUUUUUUUUCUCAAAAAUUCAAAACCACUGCAAAAAAUAUCAUCCCAAAACUUUUGAUCUUAACUUUUCUAUGGCUUUGCUAGAGGUGGUGAUUAGAGCAAGACAUUUGUCCAAGCUGUUUGGGAAUAAUACAAUAAUGCAAUUUUGAUAUUCUCUUGCCGUUAGUUGUCUAAGGUUUCAUUUCUGCUGGUUGUGUUACUUUUGGAAUAAUGGAGCCAAAUCCACAUAUUCUCCUUUUUGUAUUUUCCAGACAUCCUCCAAUAAAGCACUUUUGCCAAAAAUCGA